CAAGAGAUUGUAUAUACCUGAAGAUGGAAGAAGAAAAAAUGGAGCUUAGAGAUAUAAACAGAUCCUCAGAAGACAAGUUCACAAAGGCAGCAAAACCAAGCAGCUUUUUUGAGAGAAUAAUCCAGCCAUGCAUUGCUGAGCUUGUGGGAACUAUGUUUUUUGUCUUCAUUGGCUGUGUGUCAGUGAUUGAGAAUGUUGAGGCAGCUGGUCGUCUGCAGCCCGCUCUGGUGCAUGGGCUGGCGGUGGCUGUACUGGUGGCGUGUAUGGCAGAGAUCAGUGGAUCUCAUUUCAACCCACCAUUUACUUUGGCUAUUUUCCUAUGUGGAGGAAUGCAGUUAGCAAUGGUUAUCCCAUAUCUUAUCAGCCAGCUUGUUGGAGGUGUGCUUGGUGCUGCCAUGUCAAAGGUCAUGACAUCAAGGGAAAACUACAUAAAUGCCACUGGUGCAGCUUUUACUAUUCUUAAAUCAGAUGAGCAGAUAGGAGGUGCUGUCUUUGCUGAGAUGGCAAUGACCUGUCUGGUGACUAUGGUGGUGCUGCUGGGGGCAGUUAAUGGAAAAAGUAAGAGUCCCAUGGUACCUUUUUUGGUGGGCUGCACUGUGAUUGUCAACAUUCUGGCAGGAGGUGAUGUAUCUGGCACCUGUUUGAACCCUGCAAGAGCUUUGGGACCUGCACUGUUAGCUGGUCACUGGGAUUAUCACUGGGUAUACUGGGUUGGCCCUAUUGGAGGAAGUUUAAUAGCUGUAGCCCUUUUAAGGCUCCUGCUUGGUGAUGAGAAGAUUCGAGUCAUUUUGAAAUGAUGUCACAGGAUCUGAAAAUCAAAAGAAGCAAGAAGAAAAUGAAGCAUGCAGACCUGUUUAUUCAAGAUUCACUUGUGUUGCUAUAAGAGUAUAUAAAUGUUUUUAUACGUACAAGUUAAAUAAGGUAAUAAUAAAUAGAACCUAUUCAAAUAACUAUAUAGAUAUUAUGGAGAAAAAUUUGGUGUUAAGUCUUUCAGUAAUGUAAGGAUGUUACUGAAGAAUUUUGUUAUAUGAUAAAUUGUAUAUUAUAACAUGAAAUAAAUACAUUUUAUAAAACAGCA